AUGGCACUGAGAGAUCCGUUCUCAUUUAUUGAGAAUUCAUCAUUCGCGCUUGGUUUGUCUCAGGAAGAAAAACAGGAUCACACUGACGGUAGAUCCUCCCAAGAGCCAGAAAGUAUCGAAGAAGACAGUCAUGAUAAGCUCCCACAACGUAGAAAGAGUUUGCGGCUACGAAAUUUUCUGAAUUCAACUUUGCCUCAGUCGACUUCGGUCGAACAGAUUUCUGAGAUGGAAUUGUUCCCUGUUAUUGAGAUUCCGUCGUUCUCCCUGGGUUUGUCCCAGGAAGAUAAUAAUGAUGACCUGGUGAACGGGUUGGCUGCUGAACAAGUCGCAGUAGAAAAGGAUAAUCCUUUUGAUUUACAAGAAUGCAGGAGAGGCAAAAGACAAAAAACAGUUACCCAUGGCCUCGUUGAUGUUUUCCAGUGUAGUCCAGAUAUAUUAAAUAGACCAAGGGAAUCCCAAAUGGCUGUGUAUGGCAAAGCUGAUUCUUGGGAAUAUACUCAAAAAUAUACCAAACUGGCCCAGAAGCUGAAAUCACAUUUUGUUAUUCAUUUUGGAGGGUGUCAAGUUUCAAACAAAGACAUUAUUGACAUUGUCGAAAGGGCCAAGCCAUACUCUUCAAAGGUGAUGGAUGUACUCAUGAAGCAUCUUAGCUUGUCAUAUGCUAAUCAGUCUCUUAGCGAAGAGAGCAAGAAGUCGGUAUUUUUGGAUUCCAAGUUCGUUGCCUCUUUGUCUAGGAACUACUCCAAAUUCUCCAAAAUACAGGCUAAGGAAACACAUGUGUUCACAAAGGGUCUGGUAGAAGUGUUUGAAGAGAUGGUGGACCAUUGUUCUGAUCACUAUGUUUUCUAUGUCCCUUUUAAUCUGGUUAAGAAACACUGGGUCGGUUUGUGUGUGGAUGCUUCCUCUUGGAUCAUUACAGUUUUUGAUUGCAACACCUCGCUAAGGAGCGAAGCUUCGAUGAGUUUCGAACUUAAACCAAUUUCAGAGAUGUUUCCUUACCUGAUGAAACAAGCUGGGUGGCGAAUUUCAAACUCUCAACUGGUGCCAAUGGUCGUUGAAAGAGCAAAAACCGUUCCGCAGAACAUCAUAUCAUCAGAUUCUUCGUUGACGUCGGUUUUGCUUAUGCAGACACAUGCUCUCUCUGGAAUCGAAGCAUGUCGUUGUAUCGCACCCCAUAUCUUAGCUUCUGAGGCGCAAAGGGUUGCUGUUCUGCUCUAUGAGUACCACAUGAAACUCUAG